AUGCGUUUAACAGCCAAUGAAUGCAAUCACAAGCCAUUUGCGGAUCAGUUGCGGCAAAGUAUCACACGUUUGACACAAUUGUAUAGCAUUUCCUCGCGACUCGACGACUAUCACCACUCGCUGGACACCAAUCGCACGGUUGGACUCGCGAUGACCACCACCGCCGACACCAACAACAACGACAGCAACGGCUGCGGCGCCGGUAUUGCCGCCAAAGUGUGCAAAAUCAACGUUAAUAACACUAAUGUGGACAGUCGUGUGGACAGUCGUGUGAGUGGUGACAGUGGCAGCGGUUUCGGUGACCUCAAGACACCGUUGAAGUGCUUUUGGCCGAAGUGCGAGUUCAAGACGGCGGCCAGGGAUCAGUUGAAACAACACUAUUCGGUGCACUAUAAGUGCAAACAGUUUUGCUGUCCAUUCAAGGGCUGCAACAAAGUCUUCAAAUACAAGACUAAUCUCGCGAAACACAAGUCCAGUCACCAGCCGGUCAGGGGUCAGGCCAGACACGCCAAGAGCGCCGACACCUGUGGUUACAGUAAUAGUAGUAAUAGUGUUGGUGUUAGUGAUAGUAACAGUGGUAUGGAUCCAGUGAAACACGAGGUUAUUGUCAACACAACCACCACAACGGGAACCGAUAGUAAUGACAGCAAUGAGUGCCAUAAUAGCCAUAUGUAUGAUAACAGUAGCCGUCACUCGAGUAGUAACGAGAGUACAGUGUUUGCCAUCAAAUCGCACGACACGAUCACUGCCCACAAGAGUGCUGUUAAGAGUGGUGUCGGCGCCCACACACCCACACCGGGCGUCAAACCCCUUACGAUAGGUAUGGGGAGCACCGGGAGCUCGCGAGCCAACGGCCAGUCCUCGAAAAAGGAGUUUCGCUGCGAAUACAACGGUUGCAGCAAAACAUUUACGUUGAAGACACUACUGAUUCAACACAAAUCGGUCGUCCAUUUGAAUCAAACCCUGUAUUCGUGUGAUUACGAGAAUUGCGAUCAAAUGUUCAACAAGAAAGUGAAUCUCAAGAGACAUAAAAAUACCGUACAUUUGGGUCUAAAGCCGUUUUGUUGCGAUUACCACAACUGCGGGAAGAAGUUCACCCAAAAGACACAUUUACUGCAACACCGCCGCCGACAGCACCUGGACUUCGGUCCCCAAUUAGAGGCCAAACGUUUCAAAUGCUACUAUAAUGCGUGUAAUAAGAGUUACGACAGUAUUUACGAUCUUAAGACACAUGUGGUGGACGGUCACCUUAGGGCUGGUACUACCGGUGCCGGCGGUGAUGCCGGUGCCGUCGAUGAUAAGGCCCUCAACACGUGUUUCGAGCAAAAC